CUGUUUUUCAUAUGAAAGUAAUAUCUUUGAAAAUUGGAUUUUUAAAAUGCGAUUUCUCAUUUGGUAUUAAUGUAAAUAAUUUUAACUUAAAACAAAUAUGUCUAGUCUUCCUCCGAAUAAUGCUUUAGGUGUACAUGAAUCUGAUACAGAAAGUAGACGUACUUGUUGGGUAUGUUUAGCAGUAGAUGAUGAUGAUCUUGAUGCUGAAUGGUUGCAGCCAUGCCAGUGUCGUGGAACAACAAAAUGGGUUCAUCAGAUUUGUCUAGAAGAUUGGAUUGAUUCAAAACAGUCAGGCAAUAGUAGAACAAGUGUUUCAUGUCCACAAUGCAAUACUGAAUAUAUUAUAAUAUUUCCAUCCUUGGGAACAUUUGUUCAAAUAAUAGACUUAACAGAUCGUCUUAUAUAUAGAAUUUGCCCUUUUGUGGCUGCAGGAGUAGUAAUUGGAUCUAUUUAUUGGACAGCAGUAACUUAUGGUGCUGUUACAAUUAUGCAGGUCCUUGGUCAUAAGGAAGGAUUGAGUGCUAUGGAACAAGCAGAUCCAAUUUUUUUAUUAGUGGGUUUACCUACUAUACCUCUUGCAUUAAUUAUAAGUAAACUGACUCGAUGGGAUGAUAUUGUUUUGAAUUUAUGGAGGAAGCAUUCCUCACGUAUUCCUGCAAUAAAAUAUAUUUUUGGUGAAGAUAAUAUUUGUAAUCGAGAGCGAUCACCAACAGAAAGAUCAGCAUAUUCUGACCCUGUAUCAUUCACUCGAUUACUUUGUGGUGCUCUUAUGCUGCCAACUUUUGCAUCUUGUACAGGAAAACUUUUCUUUGGAUAUGUUAUGUCUAAUUUGCAGAGAACUAUAUGGGGUGGAGUAGCAUUUUUAAUGGUGAAAGGAAUAUUUAAAUUAUAUCUUCGUCAAAAACAUUAUGUACGUUUAUGUCAAAGAAAAAUCUUAAAUUAUAAAGAAGGAACCCAGUCUAAUCAAGAAGAACGUCUUGUUAUAAUUUCUUAG